UCGCAGCUGUGGCCACCCUCUGGCACCAAUCUUGCUUCCUUGGACUAUUCUAAACUGGUACAUUCUGCCCAUUUGCUCUCUAAGGAAAGAAGGGAGAGGGCAGGAAGGGUAAUGUUUAAAAACACAAAGUGCCUCAAAAGUGGAGCUUGGAAAUGAGGACAUUUACUGUGUUUUUUAUAAAGAAUUACCUAAUUACAUCAACCUAUGAGAAGAUGGCAAAUACCGAAAAGUGUAAAUUCUGUGCAUUUGGAGGAAGAAAAGGACGAAGAAACAAGGAUCCUGAGUUGGGAUUUUAGCUGUCUGCGUCGACCCUCUAAAUAGGAGCCAACGCCGCUGCUUGAGAAAUGCGUAAACGCAUCCAGGGAGUCACAGACUAAGGCACUGAGUGACCGGCUAAGUGGCAUGGAGGGGAAAUUACGAAUACCUUAGUCAAAAUUUUCCAUUGGGCAUUGGGGAGAAGGAUCGCUCAAGUUCUCUUGGGGGUGGCAGGGGUGUGAAAAAGUCAAUUUGUGCCUCGGCUUGCCUCACACCUUUAAGAUACGUAGGCAAGACCUCCCCGCCCCCCCUCCCGCCCCCGUGAUCCUCCUCCCAUCCUCCCGCCUCCGGGCCAAGUCCGAGGGAAGAAGAAAAACAAGUCUUUAACCGUAACCGAACCAGAAGCCAGAGUCAUCUUGGAAGGCUCGGAGGUGGGAGCCUGGCCUUUGAGCCGGCUCUCUCCCGGGCUACCCCGCAAAUCACGGACUUGGCGGCAAAGGCAACUCGCUCUUCGUAGCUGUCACUCACCCACCGGCCACUGCCUGCACUCCACCCCCUCGGCUUGGCACGCACGUCGGGGCCGCCUCCUCCUCUUCCUCCUCCUCCUACGUCUCCACCUCCUUCUUCGCUGGUGUGCUCUGCUCCACCCGGUGCAUUGACAUAUUAAUAAUCUCCCCGCCACCCGGGCAUCUGUGCUUCCAUCCUUGAGGGCUACCUGAGUGGGCUCGGGCAUAGCGCGGGCUCUGGGGGCCAGGCGUGGCGAGGGAGGCGCGGUCCAGCCCCGCCUGGAGACUCUGCGCUUGGGCCGGUGUCUCCCGAAGGCUGCCGGGGAGCGGGGUAUGAACUGGGACUGCCAGUGGUUCUCGUGCAGCGGCGGCUGGAGCCGCGGGAGCAGCCCGAGGAGGAACUGGGGAGCGGCCGCCUUCCGACCGAGCUCUGGGGGACAGCAGGGCGGGAGAUGUGCCUGUCCCCAGCGGCACAAGGAGCAGCAUGCACCCUGAUGCCACUGACCGCGGCACGCCCGGCCUCAGCCCCAGCCGGCAGCCUGAGCCCGCGGCUGCCGCAGUCGCUGAGCGGAGCGUGCCCUCUGCCCCGCGCCGAGGCGCAGCUGGAGCCCGCGAGCUGCAGCCGGCCGCCCCGGCCGUCGCCGCGCUCGGGUUCGUGGCGCUGGCUCUGGCGCUGUUCUGGCUGGGGCCCGGAGGAGGCGGGGGCUGGGAGCCCGGCGAGAGCGGGCUUUGCUUGGUCCUGCUCCGGCUCUGCCUCUACCUGGGCUGCGCGGCGGCCGCCUUCCUCCUUGGCACCUUACUCGCACUCCUGGGCCACAGCCGCAGCGCCCAGAAGCCCCACUUCCCUGGUCUCUGGAACCGACUGACUGGCGGCGGCACCUGGCCUGGUGCUGCGGCUUCGGCCGCCCGACUGCUCCCCGGGAGUCCUUUAUCUGGAAAUUCACAUGAGUCUAUCCAGUCUAGAAGGGUAGUAAUUUCUCAUAACAUGGAUAAAGCUCUGAAAGAAGUGUUUGACUACAGUUAUAGAGAUUACAUUCUGUCCUGGUAUGGGAACCUCAGCAGAGAUGAGGGGCAACUUUACCACCUGCUCUCAGAAGAUUUCUGGGAAGUCGCCAAACAGCUGCGCCACAGAUUGAGUCAUGUGGAUGUGGUGAAAGUUGUAUGUAGUGAUGUUGUCAAGACUUUGCUCACCCAUUUCUGUGACCUCAAAGCUGCCCAUGCCAGACAAGAAGAGCAGCCGAGGCCCUUUUUAUUACAUGCAUGCUUGAGGAACUCGGAUGAAGAAGUAAGGUUCCUACAAACAUGUUCUCGGGUUCUGGUGUUUUGUCUCCUCCCCUCAAAGGAUGUCCAAUCUCUCAGCUUGCGCAUAGUCCUUGCAGAAAUUCUCACAACAAAAGUCUUACAGCCUGUGGUGGAGUUGCUGAGUGACCCUGAUUAUAUCAACCAGAUGCUACUGGCCCAGCUGGAGUACAGAGAGCAGGUGAAUGAACAUCACAAGAAAGCCUACACAUACGCUCCUUCUUACGAGGAGUUCAUCAAACUCAUUAACAGCAACUCUGACGUUGAAUUCCUGAAGCAGCUAAGGUAUCAGAUUGUAGUAGAAAUAAUUCAAGCCACGACAAUUAGCAGCUUUCCCCAGCUGAAGAGGCACAAAGGCAAAGAGACAGCUGCAAUGAAAGCUGACCUCCUGAGAGCCAGGAAUAUGAAAAGGUAUAUUAACCAGCUGACUGUGGCCAAGAAACAAUGUGAGAAGAGAAUUCGACUUCUGGGAGGUCCUAAUUAUGAUCAGCAAGAAGAUGGAGCCUCAGAUGAGGGAGAUGGGCCUCAGAGCCAGAAGAUUCUCCAGUUUGAGGAUAUUCUGGCAAACCCAUCCUAUCGAGAGCACUUUCGAAUAUAUAUGGAGAGGAUGGACAAGAGAGCGCUGAUUAGCUUUUGGGAGUCUGUGGAAUAUUUGAAGAAUGCAAACAAGAAUGAAAUACCACAGUUAGUCGGUGAAAUUUAUCAGAAUUUCUUUGUGGAAAGUAGAGAGAUUUCUGUGGAAAAGUCACUUUACAAAGAAAUCCAGCAAAGCCUCGUAGGAAAUAAAGGCAUUGAAGUUUUCUACAGAAUUCAAGGAGAUGUUUAUGAGACCUUGAAGGACAGGUAUUACCCCUCAUUUAUUGUCAGUGACCUGUAUGAUAGACUCAUCAAGAAAGAAGAAGAAAAGAGUGCCUCACAACUGAUUUCUGACAAGGAUGAAGCAAGCCAAGGAAGUGAAGCUGGGGAGGAAACCAUGGAGGAAGGCAAUGGUCGGAUCAACGAGCAAGCCAGUUAUGCUGUGAACAAACUACGGGAAUUAAAUGAAAAACUUGAUUAUAAAAAGCAGGCUCUGCAUUCUAUUCAAAAUGCACCCAAACCUGAUAAGAAGAUUGUUUCCAAAUUGAAGGAGGAAAUUAUUACCAUGGAAAAAGAAUGCAGUGACCUUCAACUACACAUAGCAAGGACGGAUUGGUGGUGCGAGAAUCUUGGCAUGUGGAAGGCCUCCAUCAACAGUGGAGAGGUCAUAGAAGAAAAUGGGGAGCAAAUGCCCUGCUACUUCGUCAUGGUCAGCUUGCAAGAAGUCGGAGGAGUCGAAACAAAGAACUGGACGGUUCCCAGGAGGCUUAGUGAGUUUCAGAAUUUGCACCGGAAACUUAGUGAGUGUUUUCCUUCACUAAAAAAAGUCCAGUUGCCUUCUCUUAGCAAGCUGCCCUUCAAAUCUGUAGAUCAUAAAUUCAUGGAAAAGUCCAAGAAUCAGUUAAACAUCUUUUUACAGAAAUUGCUCUCAGAUGAAAGACUAUGUCAGAGUGAAGCACUUUAUGCCUUCUUGAGCCCUUCUCCCGACUACCUCAAGGUUAUUGAUGUCCAGGGGAAGAAAUCCACAUUUUCACUGUCCUCGUUCUUGGAAAGGCUUCCUCGUGACUUUUUUUCCCACCAAGAGGAGGAAGCAGAAGAAGAUAGCGACUUGUCAGACUAUGGAGAUGAUGUAGAUGGGAAGAAGGAUGCUUUGGCUGAGCCAUGUUUCAUGCUCAUUGGGGAGAUAUUUGAGCUCCGAGGAAUGUUUAAGUGGGUGAGGAGGACACUAAUUGCACUAGUCCAAGUCACUUUUGGAAGAACAAUCAACAAACAAAUACGAGACACAGUGAAUUGGAUCUUCAGUGAGCCAAUGUUGGUUUAUUAUAUCAAUGUUUUUCGGGAUGCAUUUUGGCCAAACGGCAAGCUGGCCCCACCAACACCCCCCAGGAGUGAGGAGCAAAGUCAAGAGACUAAACAGAGAGCACAGCAAAAACUACUUGAAAACAUUCCAGAUAUGCUCCAGAGCCUAGUUGGACAGCAAAAUGCUCGCCAUGGUAUAAUAAAAAUAUUCAAUGCACUGCAAGAAACAAGAGCCAAUAAGCAUCUACUAUAUGUACUGAUGGAACUAUUGCUGAUCGAGUUGUGUCCUGAGCUGAGAAUUCAUUUAGAUCAACUUAAAGCCGGUCAAGUUUAAGACUCUCACCAAGAAACCGCUAGAGAAAUGUCUGUGUAAUAAUAGACAUGACAAUUAUUUUCCUCUUUUCCAUAGAGGGCUGAUUGAGAACUUUACUGGGUUUUAUUUUCAGGGUUUUUUUUCCCCUUUAGUUUUGUGUGAAGUCAGCAAACUUGAAAAGAUUUGAUGUUGUAGUUGAACAGAAAAUACUGUGUAAUUAUUGGUUUUUAUUUAAAUAAACAACUAUAUAAAUAACCUUAAAGUUCAAA